AUGGCAUAUAAAGCACAAGAUUAUUUAGAAAGUAUUGCUGAAAGAUUAGAUUACUUAGAUAAAGCAUCACGAAAUCCUGACGCUUUAAAUAAAUUUAUUGAUGAUGAAUUAUAUAGCAGAUUAGGACGUGCAAAUUAUAAUUUUAGAAAAGAGCCUUUUGAUCAAGUUAGUGAAAUAAGUACCAAAACUUCAAAAAAAGUAUAUAAUACAAAGAAGCCGGCAAAGAAGUUUGCAAAGAAGCCUAUUAAA